GGCCUGCAGUGGGUCUGCCUGUGAGGAAAGCACCAGGAGGCUAACAUGGCAGAGACUAACCUGAAGAUCAGUGGAGGAGCAGUGAGGUUCGGAGCCACGUACGGAGGCAACAGGCUCUUCUCCGGGAGGAGUCUGGGUGGAGGAGGAGGAGGUGGUGCAGGAGCUGCUCUCUCUAGGUCCUUUGGCCUGGGAGGAGGCGCGGGGCUGGGGAUGAGAGCAGGAGGUGGGCUGGGGGGAGGCCUUGGACUGGGGCUGGGGAUGGGUGGUGGUGGAGGAGGUGGUGGAGGGGGUCUUGGUCUGGGAGGGGGUCUUGGUCUGGGCAUGGGCGGCGGGGGCGGCCGAGCAGCCUUCAGGGCUGGGGUCGCCCCUCUCAGGGCUCGUCUUGGCGGCCGGGUUUUCAAGAUCGGCAGCUACGGCUUCAACCCCUCCUUCCUGGGCUCCAGCACCACGGUGGAUGCUGGCGUCAGCCCCGUGCCCAGCGUGGAUCCCUCGCUGCCCUCGCUCGACACCGUACAGGUCACCCGACUGAAGGAGAAGGAGGAGCUGCAGGUCCUCAACGACAAGUUUGCCACCUUCAUCGACAAGGCGCGGUCUCUGGAGCAACAGAACGCCGUUCUGAAGGCCAAGAUUUCGAUGUUCACCAACCCGGAACAAGGUGGGCCGGCUAGCACCUCCAUCCUCCUCACCUCCGCCAUCGGCACCUACAAGACCCAAAUCGACAGCCUGUCGGCCACCAAGGAGUCUAUCAUCGCUGAGAUCGAGCACUACAGGAGCGUGAUCGACGACGUCCAGAGCAGGUACGAAGAGGAAGCGGCACAGACCAAGUCCCUGGAGAUUGACUGGACCACCCUGAAGGAGGAGGUGGACCACCUGUACCUGAGCAUCUUCGAGCUGCAGACCAGCAUCGGCGGACUGGAGGACCAGAUCUCUCUCUCCAAGCAGGUGUACGAUGCUAAAGUGAAGGAGGUGAGGAACAUCGUGACAGGCAGUGUGAAGUCGGCCUUCUCCAUCUCCGUGGACAACACGGCUCAGGCCCAGGACCUGACCUCGGCCCUGGCAGACGUCAAGUCCCACUACGAGGCCCUGGCCCAGCGCAGCAAGCAGGAUGCUCUGCUCUCUGUACAGGACAGCAUUUCCAUGAUGUCGCUGUCGUCCCAGCCCAGCAACCAGAGCCUCACUCAGUCCAAGGAGGAGCUGCGAGUCUACAAGCUCCAGAUCGACUCAGUUCAGAGAGAGAUCGACAGACUCAAAUCCCUGAACAUCCAGAUGGAGUCCCAAGUGGAGGAGGCCGAGUCUCACUCCUCGUCCCACUCAGAGACCUACCAUGAGCAGCUGCUCACCCUCCGGUCCCAGCUGGACGACAUCCGCAAGCAAAUCACCCAUUACGGACAAGAGUACCAGGAGCUGCUGGCCAGCAAAAUGUCCCUGGAUGUGGAGAUCACAGCGUACAAGAAACUUCUAGACAGCGAAGAGAGAAGGAUCAACUCAGGUGGGGGCGUGACGGUGCACAUGUCCAAGACAGCGACCGGUGGAGGUCUAGCCCUUGGAGGAGGAGGGGGUGGUGGAGGUCUGGGUGGAGGAUACGGAUUGGGAGGAGGUUUUGGCGGGGGUUACGGUGGUCUGGGAGGGGGGCUAGGAGGAGGGUUGGGUGGUGGGUUCGGAGGCCUGGGUGGUGGUGGUGGGUACGGAGGACUGGGUGGUGGUGGUGGUGGGUACGGAGGAGCGUUAGGAGGGGGUGGUGGGUUCGGAGGGGGACUAGGAGGUGGAGCCAGCUCAUUCGGAGGGGGACUAGGAGGUGGAGCCAGCUCAUUCGGAGGGAGCAGCCACAUGUCAAGCCUGAGCAGUAGCGCACUCUCCUCCACAGUCUACUGAAGUCCUGCUAGAUCUGCAGACACAGAACAGGGGAAACUGUCGCACCACCUGAAAUCAAAUAUGAUUUGACUAUCUACAGACUGUACCAUAACCCAGGAUUUGUAAUAAAUAAAGGAAUUUAAUCGCA